CGCGCCUCACAGCGCCGGGGCUCCCGCAGCGCUCCGGUACCGCUCCGGUACCGCUCCGGUUCCGAUCCGCUCCGCACCGCCCCGAGCGCCGCAGCGGGGACGGCGCCGGCCGAGGCUGAUGCGGCGGCGCGGGGCCUGCGGGCUUGGGCUGGAGCAGGCUGCAGGAUGUGCCCCACCGCCAGCGCCACAGCUUCCAGCAAUGCUGAGUGACAGUAACUCUGUGAAGCUGAAAAGUAAUCAUUCACCUCCUGUGCAAUGGUGUAAGGUGGCUGCACAUGAAGAUGAGAAGACCAAGCUGGUUUUUAAAAGAAUUCUUGCACUGUUUGUCGUUGGAGGGUGCUUCCUUUAUAUCCUCAAAUUGCAUUUUGGCCCCGAGGAAUGUGACAGAACAAAAAUGCCGUAUGUGGACCUCGAUCGUGUAAGGAGGGCACAGCAGUUUGCCCGUGCCACACUGCAGGAGCAGUGCCGACCUUCUUAUGCGAAAAGAGAGAUGGGGAAGUUGUUUGCAGAGAAAUACAGCAUGGACAUAUCUCCCUUUGUAAGGAAAAACAUAAAUGAAGAUGAAGCUUUAUUUAAAUAUGGACCUCCAUUUGGAUUUUACCAAUUCUCUGAUAAACUGAAAGAUCUCCUUGAACUCUUACCUGAGCAUGAUUUACCAGAAGAUUUGAAGUCAAAGAACUGUAAGCGUUGUGUUGUUGUUGGCAGUGGUGGAAUCCUUCAUGGAUCAGAGCUGGGGCACUUACUAAAUCAGUUUGAUAUUGUUAUAAGGUUAAAUGAUGCACCGGUUCAGGGCUACACGGAUCAUGUUGGUAACAAAACAACAAUAAGGAUGACUUACCCCGAAGGAGCUCCUCUUUCUGAACACGAGUACCCUCCUGCAAGCUUGUUUGUGGCUGUUCUCUUUAAAAGAGUUGAUUUCAACUGGCUUCAAGCCAUGGUAAAAAAUGAAACUUUGCCUCUGUGGAUGCGACUCUUCUUUUGGAAGGAGGUUGCUGAGAAAAUUCCUUUCACAUCAAAGCAGUUUCGGAUUCUGAAUCCAGUCAUUAUCAAAGAGACAGCUUUGGACAUUUUACAGUUCCCUGAGCCUCGAUCAAAAUUCUGGGGUUGGGAUAAGAAUGUACCUACAAUUGGGGUCACAGCAGUUGUUCUGGCCACACAUUUAUGUGAUGAAGUGAGCUUAGCAGGAUUUGGAUAUGACCUGGACCAGCCCAGCACACCUUUGCACUAUUACAACAACUUCUGCAUGGCUGCCAUGAAAGGACAAACUAUGCACAAUGUGACAAGUGAAACAAAAUUCCUGCAAAAACUGAUCAAAGAAAAGGUUGUCAAAGACCUCACUGGAGGGAUACACUGUGAAUUCUGCAGCAAAGACAGCUAGUGACCAACUUGCAGCAUGGAUAGGAUUUGUUACAUUUCCAGAGGUUCGGCUGGAUCAACCCUUUCCCUCUCUUUAAAGUGUUCACAAAAUGGAUGUGGAAUCCCUCCUGCCUUUUUUAAUGUCGUGUUCAAGCUGUUGGACUUCUAAAUUAAUUUCCCUGUCGUGUUUUACUUUGCACAUUUCUGUGAAUAGCUGUGUAAAUAAGACUCAGAAUUUAAAGAUACCCAUUUAAAGUAUUUAACAUUUAGAGUUGUCUGAAUAAAAGCAGGUUCUCUGUUUUCAAAUAUAUAUGGAAUGCACAUGGCUGGCCUGAAUUGUCUAACAGUAUAUGAGAGUUAUUUUCCCCUGAUCUACUGUCUUUGUUGAUCCAGUUCUUGAUAUUCUGACUCCUUUUCAUGCAUGCCAUGAAAAGAAAGGCAUAUGUUUCUCAAGUCUUUCAUGUCUUGAACUUGAGCAUUGCAUUUACUCCUCAAAUAUUUAUAUUCUUUUGCUAAUACGUUUUUGAGGGGUGAAGGACAAACAUAGGAGUGGAGUUGAAGGAAAAGGAAUUGUUGUGGCAACAACUGAAUAGAAAGUAUUUUGAUGUUCAUGAUUGAUAUUAAAAUCAUUGAUGUAUUACUGUUUUUGGGUUAGAAUCCUGCUUUGUAAAGCACAUUUGGACCCAGUGCACUCUAGAAGAGGACUUAGCCAGGAGGAGGCUUUAACCCAAACCAGAUAAUUUGUCAUUUCCAGUCCUGAAAACCUGCUUAAAUGUUUCUAACUAGAUGAUUUCCAGCAGAGUUCAGCUACCCUAAUUAAAGAAGUAGCAUUAAUACUAAAUCUGCCCCUUUUAAAUUUUUUUUAGUGACUUGAGAAUGAAUUGCUGGUUCUAUAAAACACAGUUUGUAUCAAUCAUUUAGCAAUACUAAAAUAUAUGACUAGGUUACAAUUUCUACUGGUUAAUUUUAUGAUCCUUAAGUAAUUAAUUAUAGUUAUUGUCACCUUAAUAGUUUGCAAUGCUGAUGACCUUUGUGAACUCCAGUAUUGAGAGCUAGAGUUGUUGGUUUUCCCCCAAGUCAGUAAUUGGGUGAGUGUAUGAGUUAACAAGAAAAUCAUGUUAAGAAAGUAGCAUCAUCAAGUAACAAGAUAGGUAACUACUGAAAACAGCAAAUUUAAAAAACAAAAAGAGAAAAGAAAGCUAUAGAUGUAUGUUCUUGGAGGUGAAAAUCAGUGCACUGCAAAGACACUGGUCAAGAUCUGUAAGCAAGUUUUUGUGUUAAUAUUUUUGUUAUUAGUAGAGUAUCAUGUAUGACUGUUUGCACUGAGGACUGAUGUUACUCAAUCUACAGUAUGUGAAAAAAGCUUCCUUUGGGAGUGAAAACUUGUCAGCAAAUCAAAGGUUGGCUUACAAACAUUGUUCAUUGUCAUGGACUCUUCACAUGGUGAAUGUUUCCACUUUUCUUUGUUAUGGACAAAGAUAUGAAUGAAAUUGUAGUUCCAAAUCUUAAAAAUACUUACGUGGAAAUGCAAGAUUAUGAUGAUUGUGUUUUGGGUUUUUAUUCCAAAAAACCCAAAGAGGAGAAGAUCUAAUGAAUGAUAAUGUUAGAAUGCAAAUGAAUGAUAAUGUUAGAAUGCAGAGGGCAGACUGAUGCUCACUGUUACACUUAGAGGCAAUAAAAGGACAUCAGAUCAUAAAGCAUAACUGAAGAAAAUUGUGGACCUCACCUUUCCUAAGUCCCACAUGUCUACAUGUCCUUUAAAGUCAGUUGUGUAGGCUGAACAAAUUUGAAAAUCAGGAAUUCUUGGUUCUGGCACUGUCUGUGUUCGUAGCAAUAAUAUUCGUCUAGCCUCCUCAUUCAUAAAAAGAGUUAAUUUUUAUACUAGC